AUGGAGACCUAUCACGGGCUCGUCCGCACUCCUGCGGAUGCCAUCAUCCUCUUCGAGGCAUGCCGUCUCGGCCUCCUGCCACGCGUUCAGCGUCGGCUGUCAGAAAAAGAGCGCCAGGCCAUCAAAUCAGGCUCCGUCUUCGUGUGGGAUGAACGAGAAGCCGGCAUGCGACGCUGGACCGACGGCAAAUCGUGGAGCGCCAGCCGAGUCUCUGGCAGUUUUCUGACUUACCGUGAGAUGGAAGGCAAGCGGGGCGGUGGUGUUUCGUCGUCGCGAGGAGGAAAGACUCCGGACAGCCGGGGAAACAGUGACGACGACCGAGAUGGCAACGAAGAGGGCCAGGACGGCUACCGAUACAAGCCAGACGGCCUGAUGAAGCAGUCCUUCAGCAUCACCACGUCCACGGGCCAACAUCUCCACCUUAUCAGCUACUACGCUCGCUCACAUCCCACCGCUCCGAACCUGAACCAGCCGUCCAAUGACCCGGCCCUGCGACAUAUACGCCCUCAAAAGGGCCUAUACCCGGAGUCGACCGUCAAUGACCAGCAGAACCUCCCAGUCGUCACCCGCGGCCCCAUGGCCGGCGCCGUAACGCUGUCUCCGCAUAUGACCAGCUUUCCUCGCACCGGCGCCACACAUCCUCAAUCCUAUGCGCCCAUCUACAGUUGGCCGCCAACGCCUCUGGGAACUCCUCCAACAGCCACUAUUCCGUACUCGGGCCCGGGCUAUCUACCACCUUUAGCAGGUGCUCCCUACGGACAGCCGCCGCCACCACAUCCUCAUGCUCCAGCCUCACAUCAUUUACCUACUCCAUCUGACCGACAGUUGCAUAUGGAAACCACUCUACCACCCCCAGUUCCAGCUGGCACCGUGCCCGCGCCCAACAUGUCUCAAUACUCUAAUCGCUCUCCACGACCUGGUCCUUCCCCGCUCGAAGUGUCACGGGUACACUCGCCUAGCUACGCAGCCAAAGCACACAUCCCAGUGCAAAUUGAUCCUCGUUUAAUGUCUCCUCAGUCUCAGACCCACCCCGGUCAUGGCAGUGAUAACAGAUCCUCGCUGCACCCAUUGACGCCCAAUGUGUCGCAGCUACCCCUUCCCAACGGACGUGACGCCCCUAGCUCAGGAACGACGGUUCCCAGCAUAGGCGCAUUAAUGAGCGGGCCCAGUAGCUCACCCUACUCGAAACCCAAUGGAAGCCCUAGUAGCCAACGGGGCGAGGGUCCAAAAGACAUUCCCAGCGAGAAAAUUGGAUUUGGCGGCGAGGAUAUGCGCGCAUUGCGCCAGCUGGAUCGAGUUUUUACGGCUUAA